CCUUGGGGGGGGGGCGGGGGUCGAUGGGAGGAUUCGAUUUUAUAAUAAGAACAUAUCAUUAAUUUUUGGUAAUGAGAAUUCGGGAACUUUGAUCGACAUAAGUUGGAAGGGGCUUGGAGCCCUAGGAGUUGGGGAUCCAAGGUUUAGGCGCUGUGAAAAAUUUCCGUAAUCCGCCAAAAUGUUUUCCUGGCUGACCCGCGAGGGCAACGACAAGCAAGACAUCUUUGACAAUGUCACUCAAGGCUUAAACCACAUUUACAAGACCAAACUCCUACCCUUAGAACAACACUAUCAGUUCCAUGACUUCCAUUCGCCUCAACUCGACGAUCCUGACUUCGAUGCUAAGCCAAUGAUUUUGCUCGUGGGUCAGUACUCCACCGGAAAGACGACUUUCAUAAAAUAUCUAUUGGAGAGAGACUUCCCAGGGAUUCGAAUUGGACCGGAACCAACCACUGACCGUUUCAUAGCAGUUAUGUAUGAUCAGAAGGAAGGUGUAAUCCCAGGGAAUGCUCUCGUGGUGGACCCCAGCAAGCAAUUCCGCCCAUUAGCAAAGUUUGGAAAUGCUUUCUUGAACAGACUCCAAUGCUCAAUGGUUGCAUCACCAGUUCUGAAAGGAAUAUCUAUCGUGGAUACUCCUGGAAUCCUGUCUGGGGAGAAACAAAGGGUGGACAGGGGCUAUGACUUCACUGGAGUCCUCGAGUGGUUUGCAGAAAGAGUUGACAGGAUAAUUCUGCUGUUCGAUGCCCACAAAUUGGACAUUUCUGAUGAAUUCAGACGUUCCAUCGAAGCUCUAAGGGGUCACGAUGACAAAAUCCGAAUUGUUUUGAAUAAAGCUGAUACGAUCGACCAUCAACAGCUGAUGAGAGUGUACGGAGCUCUCAUGUGGUCCUUGGGCAAGGUUCUCCAGACCCCUGAAGUUGCUAGGGUUUAUAUUGGAUCUUUCUGGGAUCAACCGCUGAGGUAUGAUGUUAACAGAAGACUCUUCGAGGCUGAGGAGCAGGACCUCUUUAAGGACAUGCAGUCGUUGCCGAAAAAUGCAACUCUGAGGAAACUCAAUGAUUUGAUCAAACGGGCAAGGCUUGCCAAGGUCCAUGCUUACAUCAUUAGUGCCCUGAGGAAGGAUAUGCCUACCGUUUUUGGCAAGGAUGCGAAGAAAAAGGAGCUGAUUAAGAAUUUAGGGCAGAUUUAUGAUCAGCUGCAGAGGGAGCAUCAAAUUUCUCCGGGGGAUUUCCCGGAUUUAGAGAAGAUGCAGGAGAGUCUGGCCCAUCAUGACUUCACAAAGUUCAAUCCCCUCAAACCAAGACUGUUAGAAGUAGUUGAUAAAAUGCUGGCUGAGGAUAUUGCUAAAUUGAUGGCAAUGAUUCCACACGAGGAAGUUAGCAGCACAGUUGAACCUAUGAUUAGAGGGGGCGCUUUUGAAGGAGUUGAGGAUCAAAUCAGUCCAUUCGGAUACAAAAGAGGUGAGGGAAUUGAUGCUGGUGCUGGUGAACCUGAAUGGAUCGUCAACAAAGAACGUUACAAAUAUGAUACUAUGUUCGAGAGUCUGGGACCAACAGAUGGAAAAAUUACUGGAGCAGCCGCUAAAUCAGAAAUGGUGAAGUCAAAACUUCCUAACAGUGUACUUGGAAAAAUUUGGAAGCUCGCAGAUUAUGACAAGGACGGUUUCCUCGAUGCCGACGAAUUCUCCCUGGCAAUGCAUCUGAUAAACGUAAAACUUGAUGGCUAUGAUCUACCCACAGAGCUCCCGGAACAUUUAAUUCCACCAGCAAAACGAGGAAUGUACACAUGAUAACAUUAAAAAUUAUUCUCCUUCAUUGGAAGAGAAAAAAAGGAAGACUAAAUUUUGUGACAGGCAAUGGGAAUUUAAUUUUUGAUAUGAAAUUGGAAAUUGUUCUUCUUGCACCAAUCAAUUUUUAUGCUCUUUGUAUUCGAAAAACACUCAUGAUUAUCAUGAUAAUAGAGACUUGCAAUUAUUCUAUAAAAUUUAAAAUUAAAUAUUUCUACAUCACUGUAGUAUAAUAAUUUAUUGAAGCAAGGUAUAUCUA